GGGGGCGGUAAAGCGCGCAGCUGUGUUUCUGCUGCUCUCAAUAGACCGUAGAAGAAGAAGACGGCGGUGACGGCAGUCAACAUGGCGUUCAGUUUUGGCGGAGCCACGAGUAACCCAGCAGCAAGCACGUCUGGGUUUUCAUUUGGUUCAUUCGGUGCUAAGACCACAGCGGCCCCGGCCUUUGGCUUCGGCACCGCGGCCACCACCACCACCUCCUCCGCCCCCUCCACAACCGGAUUCGGCACUCUUGCAGCCCCUGGUUUCGGGGCGGCCACCACCACUGCAGCUGCACCAGCCACAGGAUUUAGUUUUGGCUCCACCAACACUGGAUUUGGGGGGCUAGGAGCUGGAAACACCACGGCUGGUGGGUUUAGUUUUGGGGGGUUUGGUUUAAAUGCCAACCCGCCAGCAGUCAGCUUUAAUGUGGGGUGCUUUGGUACAGCAACCACCACUGGCACUGUUUUCAAUUUUGGCAAUAGCCUGGCUAGCACAGGUGCGUUCGGUGGCUUUGGGACAACAACAACAACUGCUGCAGGAGCUGGAUCCACUUUUAGCUUUGCCGCCCCGUCCAACACUGCAGGAAGCCUGUUCAGUAACACACAGAACAAAGGGUUCGGGUUCUCUACUGGGCUCGGCACUGGGGCCACCGCUGGGACGUCAGGGUUUGGAACCGGAUUAGGGACGACUAGCCUGGGUGGGUUUGGAGGCUUCAAUAUCCAACAGCCCCAGCAGCAGCAAGGAGGUUUGUUUGGCCAGCAGGCUCAGCAGCAGGGCCAGGCUCAGCCCACCCAGCUUUACCAGCAGGUCACCGCUCUGUCAGCUCCCACCUUGCUGGGAGAUGAGCGUGACUCCAUCCUCGCCAAGUGGAAUCAGCUGCAGGCAUACUGGGGCACGGGGAAGGGCUACUACAGCAACAACAACCCACCUGUUGACUUCACCCAGGAGAACCCGUUCUGCAGGUUCAAGGCGGUGGGCUAUAGCUGCGUCCCAGUGAGCAAAGAUGAGGACGGUUUGGUGGUUUUGGUUUUCAAUAAAAAGGAAGCCGACGUGCGAGCUCAGCAGCAACAGUUGGUGGAGUCUCUUCACAAGGUCCUGGGAAGCAACCAGACACUCACUGUCAAUGUGGACGGUGUCAAGGCCCUGCCCAGUGACCAGACAGAGGUGAUCAUUUACGUGGUGGAGCGUUCUCCUAAUGGCACCUCCAAGAGGAUCCCAGCUUCUACCCUCUUCAGCUACCUGGAGCAGGCGAACAUUAAGGCCCAGCUCACACAGAUCGCCGUGGCCAUGUCGGUCACUCGCACGGAGCUGUCCCCAGCACAGCUCAAACAGCUGCUGCAAAAUGCUCCUGCAGGAGUGGAUCCCAUCAUUUGGGAGCAGGCUAAGGUCGACAACCCUGACCCAGAGAAGUUAAUCCCAGUGCCCAUGGUGGGCUUUAAGGAGCUCCUCCGCAGGCUGCAGAUCCAGGAGCAGAUGACUAAACAGCACCAGACCAGAGUGGAUAUUAUCUCCAGUGACAUCAGUGAACUGCAGAAGAACCAGGCGACCACAGUGGCCAAGAUUGCCCAGUACAAGAGGAAGCUGAUGGAUCUCUCUCACAGAGUGCUCCAGGUCUUGAUCAAACAAGAGAUUCAGCGGAAAAGUGGUUACGCUAUCCAAGUGGACGAGGAGCAUCUCAGGGUGCAGCUGGACACCAUUCAGUCAGAACUCAAUGCCCCCACACAGUUCAAGGGUCGACUGAAUGAAUUAAUGUCCCAAAUCCGGAUGCAAAAUCACUUCGGAGCUGUGAGAUCAGAAGAGCGCUACAGUGUCGACGCAGACCUUCUCAGAGAAAUCAAACAGCACUUAAAGCAGCAGCAGGACGGUCUCAGUCAUUUAAUCAGCGUCAUUAAGGAUGACUUGGAGGACAUCAAACUCAUAGAGCACGGCUUGAGCGACAGUGGACACAUUAGAGGAGGCAUCCUAAGCUGAGUCUGUCCCACCAACACGGUGUCAGUCCUGAAAGACAGCGGCCACUCAACCCAGACCAGACAGCACCUACUUUUAAUUCCUGUUCCUGGACAAUCUUAAAAUAUACUUGCAAAGAUCAGACUGGGCUUCUGUUUACUUCCUUUACCAACAUUUGGCACGUCUCAUCGUUUGCCUCACUUGUCUGUGCCUGGUUAAUCUGUGCAUUCCCAUCUGAUACGCACAGCUCAAUGGAAACACUUCACACCGUCUAAUAAUAGCUGGCUUCCCAUAUGUCAAAUCAGAUUAUGGACUAUGAACUGGCAUGUAAACAAGUCAUGGGAUUGAGUCAUUGAAAGCUUUGUAAAUAUAUCUUUGUAGAUCUUUUUUUAUGAUGUUAGAGCUUUAAUAAAUGUCAUUUAAAUUCAAAA